UGUCAUCAAAAGCUAACCUCAUUUAAUUUGAUGAUAGUAUUUUACCUAACUACAAAGUUCUUAAAUAUUUUCCAAUAUGUGUGACUCUAUUGAGAAUUCCCCUGGCAGGAAAGCGAUGGAAAUAAUGGAAACUCUGCAUAAUGAUAUAGUUUUCAAGAAGCCCAUUGGAAAAGCUAAAAAACGAAACAAGAAGAAAGUUUUACAAGAAGAAACCUAUGUGGAGGAAAUUGGAAAAAUCAUCCAAAGGGAUUUUUUUCCUGAUCUUGAAAGACUCAAAGCACAAAAUGAAUAUUUGGAUGCUCUUGCUCUCAAUGAUCAAGUAAAGCUUAAAGAACUUUAUAGGAAAUAUAGUGGCAGUAGACCCGCUCCAGAGAGAAUACCAAGUCCUGCUACAUUUGAAACCCCACCCAACUUACACAAUUCUCAACAUUCCAAAAUUCACCACAGGGAAGAAAUUGUCGAGACUGAAAAUGAAGAAAAACUAAAAACAGCAAAUCUUAGUCUGGAUCAAUAUUUAAAUUCACACACCUCUCAAGAUAAUGAAAGUUUCGACGAAAUCAUUGUAGAAUCUGAAAAAAAACAUAGGCAGAAGUAUUGGUAUCUUUUCAAUGAAGAAGAUAAGAGUGAAGAAGAUCAAAAAAAAUUACUUUGUCUACCAUCUAUUGAACAGCAAGCUCUACCUCAGGAAAAAAAAUUCAAUGUUGAUACUUGGGGUUACAAAAAUCGAAAUUAUAUCAUGUAUGUACCUGAUGGAGUUGAAUUAACCAAAGAAACAGAAAUUGAGUUGAACAAGAAGAGACAAGAGAUAGACCAUUCCAAUACUAGGCUAGCAGUCAACCCUUUCAAUGAAAGCCACAGUAAAGAAGUCAUUAAUGAAUUGGCUAAGAGUCAAGCAAAAGUUUUAGAUGGAAAAAUAGGUGUUGAUGGCAAAGAAUUGGUAAAACCUGAUACCCCACAGGUGAAUGGUUUCAGCUUCGUAAGGACUCCUUCUCCUUCACCGAGUCUUCUGGGUAGUCCACUGAUGACUUGGGGGCAAAUUGAAGGAACUCCAUUCAGAUUAGAUGGUAGCGACACCCCUUUACCAAGUUUCAGACCAUCUCCGAGAUUACAUACCAGCACAAUUGACCGCUUAGCAACAAUGUCACCAGCAGCAAGAAAACUAGCAACUGUAAAGCUAAAGCUGGGAGUGAAUUCUGAUUUCAGAUCUGCCUACACCCCCAGUCCUAUGACGAGGAGGAAAACACCCCUCCCAUCCCCAAGAAGAGCUUCCACUCCUUUAGUCAACAUUAGACAUAAGAAGCCAACUGAAGUAUCUACAGAUGACUUGUUGAAACUUCAGUUGCCCAAAAGGAAAAAGGCAUCAGAUUUUUUUUGAGUUUUUCCAGAACUAAAAUACAUUCAUGGUUAAUUGUACAGUUUGUAAAUAUGUAAAUAAGAUAGGAUUCCAUGUG